ACUCCCAUACCAAUUCCAGAAACAGAUAGAUUUGGUAACCCAGUUCUUGUGCCAAAGACAGAUUCUUAUGGAAAACCAAUGACUGAUGCCCAGGGACACACAAUAUUGGUUCCCAAACCAGCCACUCAAGGUAGUCCAACACCUUCACCACAAACAGAUGAAUUUGGCAAUCCUAUCUUGGUUCCAAAGACUGACUCCUAUGGUAAACCUAUGACUGAUGAACAUGGUCACACUAUCAUGGUACCACUGCCUGGUCAACAGAACACUCCUAUAGUUAUUCCACAGACAGAUAAAUUUGGAAAUCCCAUCUUGGUUCCAAGAACAGAUGAGUACGGAAGACCAUACACUGAUGAAUUUGGAAACACUCAGAUGGUUCCACUUCCUGAAAAACAAAGCAAACCUACACCAAAGCCUCAGACAGACAAGUUUGGAAACCCCAUUCUGGUGCCAAGAACUGAUGAAUAUGGAAAACCAUACACAGAUGCAUUAGGACAUACCCAAAUGGUGCCCCUUUAUGAAACCCAGAGUAUACCUACACCUAAACCACAAACAGAUGCAUUUGGAAACCCAAUACUGGUUCCACGUACAGAUGAAUAUGGCAAACCAUACACAGACGAGUUUGGAAAGACCCAGAUGGUGCCACUUCCUGAAACACAAGGAAUACCUACUCCAAAACCACAGACAGAUGCCUUUGGAAACCCAAUCCUUGUACCUAGAACUGAUGAAUAUGGAAGACCAUAUACUGAUGAAUUUGGAAAUACACAGAUGGUGCCACUGCCAGAAAAACAAAGCCAGCCCACUCCUGCCCCCAAGACAGAUAAAUAUGGCAAUCCAGUUCUCAUGCCAAGGACAGAUGAAUAUGGCAAACCUUAUACAGACAAGUUUGGACAUACACAGUGGGUUCCUGUGCCAGCAGGACAAGACAAACCAACUCCUAUACCAGAAACAGAUGCAUUUGGAAACCCAAUACUUGUUCCCAAGACUGAUGAAUAUGGCAAGCCAUACACAGAUGCUAAAGGAAACACAGUGAUGGUGCCAAAACCAUAUCACCAGGGUUCACCAACACCAGCACCACAGACUGAUGAAUUUGGAAAUCCCAUCUUUGUGCCUAAGACAGAUUCUUAUGGAAAACCAAUGACAGAUGCCAAUGGUAAUACCAUCAUGGUGCCACUGCCAGCAACUCAGGGACUGCCAACACCAAAACCACAAACUGAUGAACAUGGAAAUCCAAUCUUAGUUCCAAAGACUGAUUCUUAUGGAAAACCUAUGACAGAUGUGAAUGGUCAUACAAUCAUGGUUCCUUUGCCCGAGACACAAGGAGUGCCUACACCUGUGCCACAGACAGACAAGUUUGGAAACCCAGUCCUUGUACCAAAGACAGAUGAAUAUGGCAAGCCAUUCACUGAUGAACAUGGAAAUACUAUAAUGGUGCCUGCUCCUCCUUAUCAUCAUGAGAUGCAAACACCAGUACCAGAAACAGAUGAGUUUGGUAACCCCAUCCUUGUGCCAAGGACAGAUGAAUAUGGCAGACCAUACACAGAUAAGAAUGGUCAAACAGAGAUGGUUCCUAAGCCACAUUACCAGGGACAACCCACUCUAGAACCACUUACUGAUGCUCAAGGAAGACCAAUCCUUGUUCCAAAGACUGACUCCUAUGGCAAACCAAUGACUGAUAUACAUGGAAGCACUAUCUUGGUAACUGUUCCAGCUCCUGUGAAACAGCAUACCCCAAUGCCAGUGCCAGAGACAGACCGGUUUGGAAAUCCUGUGCUUGUACCAAAGACUGACUCCUAUGGCAAACCAAUGACAGAUGAACAAGGUCACACUAUACUUGUCCCAAAACCAUACAGUCAGACUCAGCCAACCCCAGCUCCUGAAACAGAUGAAUUUGGACAACCCAUCUUGGUUCCAAAGACAGACUCCUAUGGCCAUCCUAUGACAGAUGAGAAUGGUCAUACUAUCAUGGUACCUAAACCAGCAACACAAGGUCUUCCAACUCCUGCUCCUAAAACAGACAAAUUUGGUAAUCCAAUUCUUGUGCCUAAGACAGAUGAAUAUGGCCAUCCUUUUACUGAUGAGCAUGGUAACACAGUAAUGGUCCCAGUCCCUGAUGUACAUGGAACUCCCACCCCAGCACCAAUGACAGAUAAAUUUGGAAAUCCAGUGAUGGUACCAAAGACAGAUUCCUAUGGUAAACCUAUGACAGAUGAACAAGGCAAUACAAUGAUGGUUCCACUGCCAGAGAGUCAAAAAUUUCCAACUCCAAAAGUACACACUGAUAUGACAGCUGGACCUGCUCUCUUUGAGCCAAAGACUGACUCCUACAAUAAACCCAUGACUGAUGCACAUGGAAAUACCAUUAUGGUGCCAGUACCUCAGACAGCAGGAGUUCCAACUCUGGCUCCUCAGACAGACGAGCAUGGCAACCCAAUCAUGGUACCAAAAACAGACUCCUAUGGAAAACCAAUGACAGAUGCUCAGGGACAUACCAUUAUGGUACCAUUGCCAAUGCAGCAACAGAAACCAACACCAUCCCCACAAACUGAUAAAUUUGGAAAUCCCAUUCUUGUUCCUAAAACAGAUGAGUACGGACAGCCAUACACAGAUGAACAUGGCAACACUGUCAUGGUACCACUACCAGCCACCCAAAACAAGCCCACUCCUUCACCAAUGACUGAUCAGUUUGGUAAUCCAAUAUUAGUGCCCAGAACUGAUGAGUAUGGAAGACCAUAUACAGAUAAGUUUGGAAGAACUGAAAUGGUGCCUCUACCAGGAUACCAGGGAACACCAACUCCUGCUCCAGAGACUGAUCAAUUUGGAAAACCCAUCAUGGUUCCUAGGACUGAUGAAUAUGGAAGACCAUACACAGAUGAACAUGGACAUACUCAGAUGGUGCCCUUGCCAGCAUCUCAGUCUACACCUACACUGAAACCAGAGACAGACAUUUUUGGUCACUCUGUUUUGAAGAGAUGCUCAAUGAGUCACUGGUCACCCUAUCUCAACCGAGACAAACCUGACCUUGGCACAGGUGAUUUCGAAAAAAUGACUCCAGAAGAGCUCAGCGAUUUCUGUAAAGGUGGAAAUGUCACCAAGAUUGAGUGUAUGACAUCUGAUGGAAUUCCCAGCUAUAGCUCCGGUGAAGUAAUGACAUGUAACCUUCAGAAGGGCUUCUCUUGUGUUAACGCUGACAACUUCCCAGUGACUUGCUCCGAUUACAAAAUCAGAUACUUCUGUCAAUGCGAGGAGGGAUCUGUUCCACCAGAUUCCACCCCCACCAUUACUCCAUCCUUCAAACAAUGCGGCUGGUCUUCCUGGCUGAACUCUAACAGUCCCUCGGCCUCUCUGAACUCAGGUGAUUUCGAGUCCAUUUAUGACCUCAAGUCUAAAUAUGGACUCUGUAAGGAGAUCAGGCAGAUUGAGUGUCGUGUGGCAGACAGCAAGACCCCAGUAGCCAUUGCAGGGCAGGAGAGUGUAACUUGUGAUGCUAGAAAUGGUCUCCGUUGUUACAACCGAGACCAGCUCUCGGGCCGAUGUUAUGACUAUGAAGUCAGAGUCUUAUGCUGGGCUGACAAUUGUAAUCCUGACCUCCUGACUUCCCCAACAGCUGCCGUUGUACACCAAACAACUCCCAUCUGUGCCCCUGGUGAGGUUUAUGAGGCCUGCCCCUACCGCUGUAGUGACCUGUGUGAUGUCCUCUCUCGUCAGUCCGUGGCCUGUGGAGGUCAAACAACUGAUUCUUGUGUGCCUUACUGUAAACCAGCAGGUCUGACCUGUCGACCCGGCGAGAAGUUGAAGGACAAGAAUACCUGUGUCCCACAGACCCAGUGUCCUUGUAGAAUGCAGAAUGGAACCAUUGCUAGUCCUAUGGAGACCUGGACUAACCCUUAUGAUGAAUGUUCCACCUGUCACUGCUUCAACAAUACAGUUACCUGUACACAUGAUGAAAGCUGUAAGACCACUCCUGGUCCAACACCAGCCAACCCAGUGAAACACCCUGACUGUGAAUGGACCUACUGGAUCAAUAUGGAUACACCUUUAAGUGGAGAUGGAGAUCUAGAAACCAUUUCAAAGAUUCGCACUCUUCACCAGUUCUGUUCCUCACCGGUCCAGAUUGAGUGCCGAGAUGUCGAGACAAAAGUUGCCAGCUUGCAGGCAGGCCAGAGAACCACUUGUGAUAUCAACUCCGGAUUUAAGUGUCUCAACUGGGAGAAUAAUGGUCAUUGUCGCGAUUAUGAAGUCCGAUUCUACUGCCCUUGUGCAAGUACUCAAAGUCCGAGAAUAACUACCACUCCACCUUCAGCAAAGGCCAACAUUUGUGGUUGGUCUGACUGGAUUAACAUGGACAAUCCAUCUGUCAUGAAACCUGACAAGCCAUUCGCAGGGGACAUUGAAUCCAUGGCAGCCAUCCGAGAGAAGACAUGUGGGUAUGACAUCAUGACCAAGAUUGAAUGCCGCACUGCUGAGGGACACAUUCCCUCCGACAGGACCAAUGAGACCCUGUCCUGUGACAGAAUUCGUGGGUUGAGGUGUAAGAAUGCACUACAGACAGAUAAGAAGUGUAUGGACUAUGAAACAAGGGUGUACUGUGACUGUAGCAAUGUCACCACCACUGGCCCCACUCGACCAGGUGGCCACUAUGAAGGUAGCACCACCAAGACUGUGGAUGUGUGUGGUUGGACGGUAUGGAUGAACGGUCAUGCUCCAGAUAACAAUGGUGAGGUGGAACUAUUGUCAGAACUAGAGAAGGAAUGGCGAUUCUGCCACACAGACGAGAUCACAGCCAUAGAGUGUCGUGACAGUAUCACUGGGUUGUCUGUCAUGGAGUCUGGGCAGAGUGGAGUGAUUUGUGAUGUGAAUCAUGGUGGACUGAAAUGUGAUGCCACGAAGCAGACAGCUCAUGGUGGACAGUGUUAUGAUUAUGAAAUAAGGGUGUUAUGUGAACCUAAAGGUGUAAAUUGUGGUGGUCCAACAACAGAACCAGCUGCCACACCAAAGUUUGAGCCACUGACAGACUCUUACCAUAAGCCAGUGACAGACAAGGAUGGACAUACUAUCAUGGUACCUGUCAAGGAGACACAGGGCACUCCAACGGCUGUCCCUAUCACUGACAAGUUUGGAAACCCACUUCUGGUACCAAAAACAGAUGCAUAUGGUAAACCUGUUACUGAUAAGAAUGGAAAUACUGUAAUGGUCACUGUUUUGGAGCCCAUAAAAGGACCACAGGGUGUGCCCACCGCUGUACCAAAAACAGACAAGUUUGGCAAUCCAGUAUUAGUGCCUAAAACUGAUACUUAUGGCAAACCAAUGACAGAUGUCAAUGGACAUACAGAGAUGGUCACAGUGCUUGUUCCCAAUCCAAAUGGACAGAGCACUCCUAUGUUGGUGCCAAAGACUGAUGAAUCUGGAAAACCAAUUUUGGUACCCAAAACUGAUACUUAUGGCAAACCAGUGACUGACAUCAAUGGACAUACAGAAAUGGUCACUGUGCUUGUACCAAACCCAGAGGGCCAAAGUACUCCAAUGCUUGUGCCAAAGACUGAUAGAUUUGGUAACCCUGUCCUUGUACCCAAAACUGAUACUUAUGGCAAACCAGUGACUGACAUCAAUGGACAUACAGAAAUGGUCACUGUGCUUGUACCAAACCCAGAGGGCCAAAGUACCCCAAUGCUUGUACCAAAGACUGAUAGAUUUGGAAACCCAUUGUUGGUACCCAAAACUGACACAUAUGGUCAACCAUUGACAGAUAAAAAUGGACACACAGAGAUGGUUACAGUGUUAGUACCAGUACCAGGUAAUCAGUCCAAGCCAACCGCAGUACCCAAGACAGACAAGUUUGGAAACCCAGUGCUUGAACCUAAGACAGAUGCUUUUGGUAAACCAGUAACAGAUGCCAGUGGUAAACCCAUCAUGGUAACAGUGUUGGAGCCAGUCACUGAACCACAAGGCACACCCACUGCUAGACCCAAGACUGAUGAAUUUGGAAACCCAUUGUUGGUACCAAAAACUGAUGCCUUUGGCCAGCCAGUUACAGAUGUCAAUGGAAACACUGUGAUGGUUACAGUGUUGGAGCCAAUUCCACAAGGCACAAACACACCAAUGCUGGUUCCUAAAACAGAUGAACAGGGAAAUCCAGUUCUUGAACCCAAAACAGAUGCUUUUGGCAGACCUGUGACAGAUGUCAAUGGACAUACAGAGAUGGUUACAGUGAUGGUACCUGCACCAGGAAACCAAGCCAAACCAACGGCAGUACCAAAAACAGACAAGUUUGGAAAUCCAGUGCUUGAGCCCAAGACAGAUGCUUUUGGUAUACCAGUAACAGAUGCCAAUGGUAAACCAAUUAUGGUGACAGUAUUGGAGCCAGUAACUGAACCACAGGGUGUACCAACAGCAGCACCAAAAACUGACAAGUUUGGUAACCCAGUACUUGUUCCAAAAACAGAUGCCUUUGGAAAACCAGUCACAGAUGCCAAUGGAAACACUGUGAUGGUGACAAUAUUAGAACCUAUUCCACAUGGACAGGGCACACCAAUGCUUGUUCCAAAGACUGAUGAACAUGGAAAUCCAAUCCUUGUACCAAAGACAGACAUCUAUGGUCAGCCAGUUACAGACCAAAACAAGAACACUAUCAUGGUUACUGUGUUGGAACCAGUCACUGAACCACAAGGCACUCCUACUGCUAGACCAAAGACUGACGAAUUUGGAAACCCAUUGCUGGUACCAAAAACUGAUGCUUUUGGCAAACCAGUUACAGAUGUCAAUGGACACACAGUAAUGGUUACAGUGUUGGAACCAAUUCCACAAGGCACAAACACACCAAUGCUGGUUCCCAAGACGGAUGAACAAGGCAAUCCAGUUUUGGAACCCAAAACAGAUGCUUUUGGCAGACCUGUGACAGAUGUCAAUGGACAUACAGAGAUGGUUACAGUGAUGGUACCUGCACCAGGAAACCAAGCCAAACCAACGGCAGUACCAAAAACAGAUAAGUUUGGAAACCCCCUUCUUUUCCCUAAAACAGAUAAAUACGGACAUCCAGUGACAGAUAGCCAAGGUAGCACUAUACUAGUCACAGAAAUGGAGACCUUACCCACCACAACAGGACCCACUCCAACCACUACACCAGGAGUAGUGGUCACCACUUGUGCCACUUACUGGUCCAACUGGUCCAAUGUCAACCACCCUGGAGGCACAUUCCCAGGGGACAAGGAGCUCACCCCCAAAGAAUACACAGAUAAGACAGGGUUCUGCCGAGGUGGGUCUGUCACGAAGGUUGAGUGUUACAGUGUGGGAAUGGAUGCUCCAUCAUAUUCCAGUGGGGAGAUCUUGACAUGUGACACCACUGUGGGUCUGCAGUGUAAUGAUGCUGAUAACUUCCCCAUGCCUUGCACUGAUUACAAGAUCAGAUACUACUGUGACAUCUGCACUGCAGUGACUCCAGGCUCUAAUGAGACCCCUGUACCUUCCACCUCCAUCAGUGUGGGAACAAACACACCCAAACCCACUGCACCACUGGUUUGUGCUGAUGGAAACUCAGCCCAACUGCCCAUCCAUAUGGAUGACAGUCAGCUGUCCGCCUCUUCCAGUCUCCGCCCAGACUCUGGCCCUCAGAGAUCCCAUCUCGACAGCACAAGCUCUGCCCCCAUGACUGGAGGGUGGAUCCCUGCUACCAAUGACAAGAACCAAUGGCUGAUGAUCAGCUUCACAAAUCCUGAGAUCAUCUACGCUGUGUCUACUCGUGGCCUUGAUGGUCAACAGAAUUGGGUGACCGCAUACUAUCUGAUGUAUUCCAUGGAUGGAACAAACUUUACUUUCUACCAGGAAGAAGGACAAAGGAAGGUCUUCUCGGGUAACUUUGACUCAGCAACCACCUCCACACACACAGUGAAUCCUUUUGUUGCUAAAUACGUCAGAAUUGUUCCUGAGCGCUGGCAGGGUGGAAUUGGCCUUCGCUGGCAGCUGAUUGGAUGCAAAGCAUCACCAAUGACAGUGGUAACUGGCCAUGGAUCAACCUCAACCCCCUCUGCCACUCCAACCCAUGCCCCUGCCCCUCAGUGUGUAGAGAAAUGGUCAGCCUGGAUCAAUAAUAACAGUCCACUAAAACAGGGUGCUCUAGGAGACUAUGAAAAGAUGACUGCUUCAGAAAAGGCCCAGUUCUGUCCUGGUGGGAACAUCACUAAGGUUGAGUGCCAUGCUGUGGCUGGAGAUAUUCCUAGCUAUAGUUCUGGGGAGAUCUUAACCUGCUACCCUGAUCAGGGACUUAUAUGUAACAAUGCUGACAAUUAUCCAUUGGCGUGCUCUGAUUACAAGGCACGGUUCUUCUGUGGAUGUCCAGCUACACCGGCACCCACCACAUCUGGAACUGAUGCCAAUGCUAAGUCGACCAGUGCUCUACCAACAAAACCAGGUGGCCACGACAGCCACUCUACUACGACACCACCACCACCACCCUGUGUGGGCGGAUGGUCAUCUUGGAUCAACCAUAACAACCCAGCUAGCGGGACAGGGGACUAUGAAAAGUUGACUGAUGCCGAGAAACUCCAGCUCUGCUCUGGUGGUAACAUCACAAAAGUGGAAUGUUAUGUGUCCACUGGUGACAUUCCAAGCUACAGUUCUGGAGAAGUGCUAGAGUGUUCCCCUGAUAGAGGACUUAUAUGUAACAAUGCUGAUAACUUCCCUAUUCCUUGCUCAGACUACAAAGCCAGAUUUUUCUGUCAAUGUGCAGCACCUGUUACUGACACCAACAGUAAGACCACCAAUAUAGCCCCAACAAAACCAGAUGGACACAAUGUUCAGUCCACCACCUCCCCAACUCCACCCCCUAUUCCAUGUGUAGGAGGCUGGUCAUCUUGGAUCAACCACAACAACCCUGCUAGCGGCACAGGAGAUCAUGAAAAGUUGACUGAUGCUGAGAAACUCCAGCUCUGCUCUGGUGGUAACAUUACAAAAGUAGAAUGUUAUGUGUCCACUGGUGACAUUCCAAGCUACAGUUCUGGAGAAGUGCUAGAGUGUUCCCCUGAUAGAGGGUUAAUCUGUAAUAAUGCUGAUAACUUCCCUAUUCCUUGUUCUGACUACAAGGCCAGAUUCUUCUGUCAAUGUGCAGCACCUGUCACUGGUGCCAACAGUAAGACGACCAACAUUGCUCCCACCAAACCAGACAGUGGACACAAUGUCCAGUCCACCACCUCUCCAACCCCACCCCUCAUUCCAUGUGUUGGAGGGUGGUCAUCUUGGAUCAACCACAACAACCCAGCCAGUGGUAACGGAGACUAUGAAAAGUUGACUGACGCUGAGAAGCUCCAGCUCUGCUCUGGUGGUAACAUCACAAAGGUGGAAUGUUUCACUGGUGAUAUCCCAAGCUACAGUUCUGGAGAAGUGCUUGAGUGCUCUCCUGACAGAGGGUUAAUCUGUAAUAAUGCUGAUAACUUCCCUGUUCCUUGUUCAGACUACAAGGCCAGAUUCUUCUGUCAAUGCCCAGCUUCAACAACCCAGCCAACUGGCACAGCUGCCCUACAUGGUGGCACCACAAGGCCAGUUCAGACUGACUCCAGUGGUCAUCCAGUAUCCACCACCACCAUGGCACCACCACAACACAAGGUCUGCAGAUCAGGCUUUACAGACUGGAUCAACAGGGAUCGACCAGAGACUGGAAAUGGAGACCACGAGGCUCUGACUGAUGCAGAGAAGGCUGACCGCUGUCCUGGGGGAAGAAUGACCAGAGUGGAAUGUUACGCCGAGGCUGGAGACAUUCCGUCGUACAGCUCUGGGGAGGUUCUGACAUGUGACACAGCCACAGGUCUAACAUGUAACAAUGCCGAUAACUUUCCAGUCACCUGCACAGACUACAAGAUCAGAUACUACUGCCAAUGUCAAGACAAUGUAAGUGGUGGAAGCACUCCUCCUGUUGCAAUAGAUACCAUGACACCCUCAAUAACGCCUCCCCCUCAGUGUCAGACGAGGUGGUCUUCAUGGAUAAACACGGAUAAUCCAACAUCCGACGGAAUGGAGUAUGAACACUGGACAGCUGUUCAGAAGCUGCAGUUCUGUCCUGGUGGAAGCAUUGACAAGAUUGAGUGUGUGACCUCUGAUGGUGACAUCCCAUCCUACAGCUCAGGAGAGAUGUUGACAUGUUACCCUGACAGCGGACUUGUGUGCAGGAAUGCUGACAACUUCCCUGUACCAUGUUCUGACUACAAGAUUCGGUACCACUGUCAAUGCUCUGGACCAAUACCAGGUAAAAAUCUUAGAACCACCCCAAGUCCAAACCAGUCCCAGACCACUAAGAAUACACCCACCAAUAUCCCGACAGUCUGUAAAGCCUCAAUGGGAAUGGAGAGCAAACAAAUUCGUAAUGAAAUGAUCACAGCCUCGAGUUUCCGUGAUGCCAAUAGCAGCCCAGAGAAAGCCCGACUGAACACUAAUGGAUUCUGGAUGCCGGCUAUGGACACAAAGUCUGAAUACCUACAGAUUGACUUCCUACAGCAGGCAUACUUAACUGGUAUCACCACCCAGGGCCGUCCUGAUGCCCCUACAUACGUUACCUCAUACAAAGUUCAGUUCUCCACAGACGGCAUCAACUGGAAUAUGUACAGAGAGACAGGGGCAGAAAAGAUUUUCAGUGGAAACUUUGAUUCCUCUACACCAGUGACGUAUUACUUCACCAGUCCUCUUCACGCCAGAUUCCUAAGAAUCCUUCCACAGACAUGGCAAGGAAAAAUAGCACUGAGAGUGGAAGUCAUUGGCUGUCCUGUGACCUAUCCCACCACCACCCCACUACCCACUCCUAAGCCUACGACUGCUGCAUUGACACCAGCCCUAAAACCUGGAGUCACUUCAACCAUAAGAGAAUCUUGUGUCCAGUAUGAUACCUGGGUUAAUGUGGGUCACAACACACCUGGAUCUACAGGUGACAGAGAACCAAUUGACAAGGUGAAAGAGCUGUCACACAACUGUCAGAAUCCACUCAAGAUUCAGUGUCAAACCGUAGGGGGCAUGGCCUAUGACCAGACGGGACAGAUUGUCAGCUGUAACCUGUGGGAGGGUCUGACCUGUAACAAUAUGGACCAGUUUGACCCCACAGGGUGUUUGGACUACAGGGUCCGACUCGGUUGUUUAAAACAGACUCCAGAGUGUGUUCCAAUGCCCAACACAAACCUACACAAAACAGUGGCACCCGUUUUGAACCCUCAUGUGGUUCCAUGCUUUGAGGGACUUGACACCUCCCAAUGUCCGAACUGUUCUGCUGGUCUCUACUGUGAUGGAAUGAGAUGUGUGAAGAAAGCGGACUGUACAUGUCAAUACAAUAACAAGAUUAUCAUGAAAUCGGACAUUGUUACAACAGAUAUGUGUGAGACUUGUCAGUGCUACAGUGGUGAACUAAGAUGUGUUCCUAAGAGCUGCCCACCUUGUUCUGCUGGUGAAACAAAAGUAGUCAACAUGACUAGCUGUAGCUGUUCAUGCAAGUCAUGUGAUGCCAACCAAUUCAGAUGUGGAAACGGACAAUGUAUCCCAGCAUCCUCCAAGUGUGAUGGUGUCAUCGAUUGCGACAACGAUGAAGUUGGAUGCUUGGUACAACCUCAUUUCACACCUCCUUCUAUCCCCACGCUGUCACCAGUUCCCGGCUCUCACGUGGUGCCAGUCCACCAGUCAACCCCAUUUCAUGAUGGCCAUCAGACGCACACCAAACCUCAAACUUGCCACUCUCGCUGGUCAGGCUGGAUGAACACGCACCACCCUGGGGACCCAGGAAGCCAUGGGGAUCAUGAGCCCUCUGCCGCUGAAUUUUCCAAAACCAACAAUUUCUGUACUAGUGGCUCUAUAACAAAGGUUGAAUGUUACUCUGUCUCAAUGGAUGCCCCUGCUGAGUCCUCGGGCGAGAUCCUGACCUGUACCCCCGAAAGGGGACUCGUGUGUGACGACUCGGACAAUUUCCCCAUCCCGUGUGGCGAUUACAAGAUCAGAUACUUCUGCGCAUGUGCUAACAAUACCUCAGUUGUUUCCCCAGUCACAACACCAGUCCCUCAGCCCUCUUGUGAUUCUGUCCACUGCCAAGCUCUGGUCAAACCUCCCAUGAUGCCCGGAGAAGUGGCUCGUAUUGUGAAGACUUCCGAUGGGUGCUGUGAUAAGUAUGAGUUGGUUUGUAAACCAGAAACCUGUACGAUUCACCCCCUGACUUGUACCCCUCCUCAGCUGAUGAAGAAUAUCAACCCAGGGGAAUGCUGUCCAACAUUCCAGUGUGAGUGCCCAGCAGUGUGUCCCACCGCAGUUAAACCGACAUGUCAGGCGGGAAAAGUUGCAGUGCCAGUCGAUACUACUUGUAAUUGUACCAGUUACACAUGUGUGAGUCGUGUCCCAUUAGACUAUGGACCUGCAGUCUGUUGGUACAAACACUCUAAUGGUUCAAGCCUUUCCUACAAGGUGAAUGAAACCUGGACAGAUGGAGCAUGUAAAUCCUGUGAAUGUGAGAAACGACUGGGAGGAAAUGUCGAGACAGUAUGUCACAGAGAGAGAUGUAAAGCCUGCCCUCUGGGCACAACUUUAGACAAUAGUGACCCUAACAGCUGCUGUGGUACGUGUAAAGAGACAGGGUGUGUGGUGGAUGGAAAUGUUUACAGGGAUGGAGAGGCAAUACCAAAUGCAAUGAAAUGCUACACAAAGACCUGUUCAGCAAGUUCAUAUGGCUUCCUGAUAAAAGAAACACAAAUACAAUGUCACACAGACAAUCUCCCAGCAUGCAAAGGGAAUACAACAGAGUAUGACCAGUCAGGGUGCUGUCCUAUGUGUAUACUAACACCUACAAGUUCCAACCUUGUAGGUUCCAGCAAUAGCUGUUCAACCUGCCAACCCACUCUACAGUUUGGAAACCCAGUAUUGACAGUAGGCUAUUUCACUCUCACAGAAGGAACUGUGACAUGUAGAAACGAGCAACCUGUAGCCGAUCUCAUGCAGUGCUCGGGUCAUUGUGAGUCCCAGGCUACCUAUACAAACGUUAUGAAGGGAUUCACAAAUAAGUGUAAUUGUUGCCAGCCCAUACGAACUGUUACAAGGACUGCCGUUCUCACGUGUUCUGACAAAACCACACGAACCAAAUCGUACACUGUUCCUGAAGUGUGCGGAUGUAGAGCUUGUACCAGUGGAACCUGAUUGGACGAUUACAAUUAAAUCUCAUUUACCCCCCGUUUUUGACCAGUAUUUAGUUUAAAGACCAUAUUUUAUACAAAGACAUGUUUUUUUUAUGAAUAUAUAUUUUUAACUUCUCAUCCUAGGUUGUAUAUAUAUUUUUGUGCUAUUUUGUUGUUGUUCAUCUUCAAUCUCAUGUUAUAUAAAUAAAUGCAACUGUUACAA